AUGGAAAACCAGCUUUGGUACGACAACGUGGGGUGCUGCAAUCAACACCAGGAACACCUCCAGGAUCCGGAAGACAUACUGCUUCUGCUGCUGGGCCUCGUAGUUCUCGUCAACAUCGGGAUCAACGUGGUAACUGUGAUGUGGCAUGGUCUCCAGAAUGCCUUAGACAAGAUGCUCUGUUGGAUUAAUCAGAAAAGUGAAACCUUGCAGGCUUGUGAAGUUUCCACCAAAGAUCCCCCCGCCAAGGCCCGAGACGUCCACAUCCACUGCACCCUGGAGCCCGUGGAAGUGAAGCUGGCCCGGCCCGCCUGCUACCCCUCGUCCUCCUGCCGCCGACUGGGCAACCCCCGCCCCCGCCGCCGCGGCCCCCACCAGCGCCUCAGCCACUGCCGUCCCUGCAGCCACCAGUGGGGGCUGAAGAACCAGAGGCACUUCCCCCACAACCCCUCAGCCUUCCGUAGCCCCCGUCGCGGCCGCAAGAUGUCGCAGCUGCCGGGGGUGUCCCCCUUUGACCAGGAGGACCUGGACUCCGACGUGGAGCAGGAGGAGGACCUGGCCUUCCCACUCCCCAAGUACCCACGGGGCGGCUGGGGCAGGCUUUACCCGCAGAUGGGCCUGCCCUCCAGCCUGGGGCUGUGGGGCCGCCAGGGUGGGAUCCUGGCCAGCCUGCCGCCACCCUCUCUCUACCUGUCACCCGAGCUGCGCCGCAUGCCCAAGCGCGUGGAGGCCAAGUCGGAGCUGAGGCUGCAGUCCUACAGGCCCCACUGCUCCCAGUCCCGAAUCUGGGGCACUAUGGAGGCGGAGCAGUGGGCCUCGUCUCUGCCCGCUCUCCGCCGGCUGCCCCCGAAUCCCUCCUGGGUCCCCGCGGGGUACGACCCUUACCCGUCGAGCGGCCAGCUGCUCUAUGACUCCUGGGAUCAGCGGUGGCGCAGCCUGGAGGGCUCUGAGCCUCCGCCCACGCUGGUGUCCCGGGGGUCCCCCCAGGCGCACCCACGGAACCUCCCCGGCCACGGCCACGGCCACGGCCACGGCCACGCUUACAGCCAGCCCACCCGCAGCCCGCACCCAUCCACGGGCCACCUGAGCUACAGCCCCCGGGAACCCCACGAGGUCCGGCGCCGGGCCGCCGAAUGGGCUGAGGCCCUGCCCGCCCGGCACCCUCUGACGGCCUCCACCUCCCUCACCAUGCUGGGCGAGACCUCCUACCAGCGGGCCCCGGCCCCCAGCUCGGCCCUGCUCCCCCAUCCCAACCAGCCCCUGCCCGAAGUCCAGGCUCCCGAGGUCCCCCAGCCCCAGCCCACCUUUCUGCCGCUCAGCAGGAACCCCCGGGGCACCGCCGGCUACCAGGUCUAUGACAGCCUGGAGCUGAAGCGGCAGGUGCAGGAGAGCCGAGCGCGGGCCACCUCCCUGCCCCCGCCGUCCACCUCUGCCUCGCGGCCCUCGGUGCCCAGGAGCCCGACCGGGAAGCUGCACUGA